AUGGUCAAAUUGAGGGAAGUCGCCGAAACGGCAACUUUUGCCUGGUCAUAUGAUUCAAUGCCGUUGAUAGCCACUGGAACAUUGGCAGGUGCCAUGGACGAAACAUUCUCUUCGGAAUCCGCAUUGCAAAUAUGGGAUGUUUUCAGCAAGGACGUACCAUUGGCCAAAUUCUCUCUUGACAACAAGUUCACUUCGCUGGCAUGGAGCAAACCGUCUGAAAAGUACGAAAGAGGGCUUCUUGCUGGUGCCUUUGAGAAUGGAAGUAUCCAGCUUUGGAACUCUGGCUCUUUGCUUGACAAUUCAGACCUUGCAGCAAGCUCAGUGGCUGAAUAUCAGAAACACACCGAAUCUACUCUACAGGUGAAAUUCAAUCCCUUACAAGGCCACAUCCUUGGUUCUUCUGGAACCAAGGGCGAAAUUUUUAUCUGGGAUACAAACAAAGGGUCGUCGGUUUCGCCCGGACAGGCAAUGUCGCCAAUGGACAAAAUUUCCUCGUUCUCGUGGAACAACAGCCAAUCGCACAUUUUUGCAUCUGCGGGAAAUACCAGCUACACAUCGAUUUGGGAACUCAAAGCCAAAAGAGAAGUGCUUCAACUGAGUUACUCUGGAUCAAACUUGUCGGUGGUUGAAUGGCACCCAACAGAGAGUACAAAACUUGUUACUGCCUCUGACUCCGACGGCGCCCCGGUUAUUUUGACAUGGGACCUUAGAAAACAUACAACUCCUGAGCUGGUUUUGAAAGGACAUAGAAAGGGUGUUUUGUCACUUGACUGGUGUAAACAGGAUCCCAGCUUACUGCUUUCGAGUGGAAAAGACGAUUCUACCAUUUUGUGGAACCCUCUUACUGGCCAAAAACUUUGCGAAUAUCCAUCGCUGCCUAACUGGGUUCAUGAGACCAAGUUCGCUCCCCAACUUCCUGAAGUGUUUGCUAGUGCAUCGUUAGACAAAAAAAUACUAGUGCAGUCGUUGCAAGACACUUCACCACCUGUGUCUGCUAAAGUUAACUCUGCUAACGAGGAUGACUUCUGGAACCAGCUGUCCUCUACUGACACUCAACAGCCUGUUUUUGAGGUGAAACAGGCCCCUACCUGGUUACAGAGACCAGUUUCUGCAACAUUUGGUUUCGGAGGAAAGGUAGUUAUUACCAAGAACGAACAGAAAGGAUCGUAUAUCAAGAUUUCCGAGUUCAAAGCAAGCAAAGCAGUCGAGGAAGCUGCCGAGAAGUUGGAUUCCGCAAUCCAAAAUAGUGACUUUAAACAACUUUGUGAAGCAAGAGCCGAGGCAGCCGAGAAAUACACAGGAAGCAAUGACUGGAUUGCCUUGCGUGAUCUAAUCGACAAUGGAAAACUUUCUCUUAUAAGAAAACUGGUUCCCGAAGAGAAGAAUGACGAGGACAAAAGAACAGCUGACGAGACCUCUGUCGAUGAUGAGGAUUUCUUUGCCUCGCUUGGAAAAGAAAAGAACAUCGUGGCCGAUUUUGUUCCAAGUGGCGAGUUUACAUUGGCUAAUGAUGGAUCAUUUGAGGGCCAGACAGCAGAAAAACUACUGGCAGGAAAGAACGAAGAAGCUCUCGAGCAAUGUAUCGAAGACGACCACAUACUGGAGGCGCUUGUUAUUGCACUCAAUGGCUCUGAAAGCAUGAAAAAGAAGGUGAAAAAUGCGUAUUUCUCCAAGUACUCGUCCAAGUCAACAUUGGCUAGAGUGCUGUACAGUGUGUCGAACGGAAACGUCGGAGACAUUGUUCAAAACGCAGACAUUUCUUCUUGGAAGGCGAUAGCAAGUUCUGUUUUGGCUCAUUCUGAAGGAAAACCAGAGUUCAGCGAUAAUUUUGUCAAGUUGGGAGAUAGACUCUUAGCGUCCAAGAGCCCAGAUGCCCGAGACAAUGCUAUCGCAUGCUACAUUGCCGGUGACGCAUUAGAUAAAGUUUCGGCUUUCUGGGUCUCCGAGUUGGAAGAUCUGGAGUCUUUCUUCUUGAAGCUAAAGGAUGAUACAAGCACUCCGGCAGAUGCUCGUUUCAAAGCUUUAGAGGAAACCAUUGAGAAAGUUUUGGCAUACCAAUCCACCAAUCUUGCCACAAUCCGCUCCUCGCCAGAAAGCCUGGAAGGUUUGGGUUAUGCCUACAGAGAAUACGCCGAGGCUCUUGUAAACAACGGACACUUUGAUUUGGCCUGCAAGAUUUUGGGAAAAAUACCAGACACUGUACCUGGCAUGAAGCUGGAGAAGGAGCGUAUUUCAAAGUCUCUCAGCAAAAAGCAAAACGCCGUUAAACCAAAGGCAUAUGGCGGCAUUUCACAAGCAUCUCCUUAUGCUGCUCCUCAAGCACAAGGGUACACCCCUGGUACACCCGCUGUUCCAGCGAAUGGUACUGGUGUCAGUCCGCACACCAACCCAGCCAGCCAGGCUACACCAUUCAAUCCAUAUAGUGCUGCCGCAUCGCGUUCUGGAUCGGUUGCAACUCCAGUUCCCUCUAAGGUGCCCGCAGCGGCGCCAGCGGGUCUGGCAACUAAUCCAUACGCACCAAGAACAGCACUAGACUCACUGAAACUGCAAAAGUCUCCACAGCCCGGACAUCCGUCUCUGGCAUCAUCCAUGACUCCACCACCUCCUCCUAAGACGACCAUUAGAAAAGACGUUGGAGGCUGGAAUGACUUGCCUAGUACUCUGAGCUCGCAACCGGCCAGGAAGACUUCUGUUCCGUCCGUUCCUUCAGCAUACAACUUCCAUGCCAUGCAGGAACAGAACAACACGCCUCCUAUCUCGAGAACCCCGUCUCAGCAAUUUGGAGUGCCACCUCCUCCUCGUACUCUGAGCAGUACCUCGGUGACCAAGACCACUCCACCACCCCCUGCAAGCAACGUGCAUCAGCCUCCUAGAUCCAAUAAAUACGGACCAGCGAGCUCUGCCGUGCAAUCACCUCAGCUAGCAGGAAAGGCCGAGCUAUCUACCCCAUCAAGUGGCAGAAAUACUCCUUUUAACCCAUACGCACCCAAAGUGAACAACCAGGCUGCGGAACCUGCUAAAAUUCCUCAGGCUUCUCCUAAGAUUUACGCAGGACUACCUGCAGUUGCUUCCCCUGGUAUGAGUGCUGCUAUGCCCCCACCCCCAAGGAACCCAUAUGCUCCAAAGCAGACAGAGGUUGCGGCUCCGGCUCCAGGAAUUCCGUCUGCCGCCAGCAACAUAAUCCCACCCCCGGUGACCAACAUCAUCCCUCCUGCUGCCGGUCAGACUGUGCCUUCGGCUUACAGCCACACAGAAUCCGUGCCGCCACCUCCACCUUCACUCAAAGCACAAACCCCGGCAGCGUCUCCAGCACCACCAGCACCACCAGCGCCCAAAUACCCUCCGGGAGAUAGAUCACAUAUUCCUGAGUCGGCGCAGCCUAUCUACCAGGUCUUGACGAGUGAGCUGGAGAAGCUGAAAACCAAAAUUCCAGACAAAUUUUCUAAGCAUCUGGCUGACUCCGAAAAGAGAAUCAAUAUUCUGUUCGAUCAUCUGAAUAACGAGGACUUGCUGAGCCAGCAAACGAUCCAAGAGCUAGUGUCACUAUGUGAGGCCAUGGCCAAAUCCGAUUACGCGACGGCAGCAGCCUUGCAAAAUCAAAUAGCCCUGGAGCACGUUGGCGAGUGCGGUGACUGGAUGGUGGGUGUGAGACGUCUGGUGACUAUGGCUGAAGCGGUGAAUCAGUAA